CAAAUAGCUUCCGUUUUACACUGGUAGUGAUUGGACUGUUCUGUACUUACCCAGUGAGCUAACAUACAGGCUGAACAAGUCCGACAUUCUACACUUCAAUGGAGGAACAGCCCAAAGAUCGGGCACAAGACAGACAAUAUCACCACCACGGAGAGGACAGAAACUCUAUUCAACAUACAACUGGUUUAAAACAUGAUCAGACCCACUUCCAGCGCCAGCAUCAGGAAACGCAGACGAAGAAAACAGGCAAUAAAAAAGUAAUUGUCAGUGACGAAGACGGGGAGAAGAAUCCACAUCAGUCUGAUACUGUUGGUAUGUCACAUCCCACCAACAACAAUGGUAACAGACACACAAAUAAUGCAAAUGUGAAGCAGAAGUCAACGCAAAAGCUGUACAUGACUGUUCCAAAAGCGGGCAGUAAAGGCUUGGACCAUAAGAAGAAUAUGGACCUUAAAAAUGACAAGGAAAAAGCCCUGGAUUUAAAUCAUCACAAUGAUCAACCUUUGGAUAAAAAAGACUCUGUUUUGCUUCAAAAUGGUGUUGUAAACUGUAGCUUAAUUACAAAUGGCUAUUCUAGCAAAGACAAUGAUGGCAGCGGCUCUGAAGGUGGAUAUACAACUCCGAAGAAACGCAAGGCCAGAUGUAACAAUGUCAAGAACACUGAUAAUGUGAUCCGAGAGAAGGAGAAAGACAUGCAGAAGGGCAACACUACACAGGAGCCAGGGGCUUUUAAUCUGGAGACGACUGAGAAGGGAGUGACUUCUAGACUUGAUGGCUUUCGAGCCACCCAUAAAGUAGAAGCUCAGUCAGCAGCUCGACGGGCUGCGUCCUCAGACGCUUCAGUGGGUGAUUCUCAGAGGAAAAAUUCAGAUGGCAAAUCAGUAGGCACCUUUGGUAAAAAGACUGAGGAAAGGCACAAAGCCAAACUUUCCUCACCUUCAAAAGAGGACUCAUGGACUUUGUUCAAGCCUCCUCCAGUAUUUCCUGUGGACAAUAGCAGUGCUAAAAUUGUUCCCAAGAUCAGUUAUGCAAGUAAAGUAAAAGAGAACCUCAACAAGGUAGCUCAAGGUGGAGGAGAGACACUGCCUCCUCCUGUUAGACUGUCACAGGUCCCUAUGUCUGCUAUGAAAACUAUCACCUCAGCUAGCUUUACUAAUGGUCCUGUUUCUGGAAAUGGAAACGGAUGCCCAUCAGUGGGUACCUUCUUUGCUCCUGCUGCUAGUAGUAUUCCACCAGCCCAAUCUAUCCCAAGUGGCGAGAAUGUAGCAUCUCCUUUGGAAAGUAACUGUAGCUCUACAAGUAGUCCUGUAGAUGGAGAAGCAUUUGAGCUUAGAAAGUGUACUCUUUUAAUUUACCCUUUAAAUAUGCAACCUGUGCUCCCUAGUGCUCGCCACCUUGACCCACCGGCUGCUCAGAAAAAUCAGAAAGCCUUAGGAGACAUCUUCCAGAAUCAGUGGGGGCUUUCCUUUAUCAAUGAGCCCAACUUGGGUCCGGAAGGAGGAAAUGGACAGGUGCCUGCAGCGGACAAGAAUACUGUGGUUGCACCUCAAAGCGAGUGCCAGGCUGCUGCAGGCAAGGCUGCUCACCCCUCCUUUGAUGCUAGCCCAUCAGUCUCAGAUCCAGCCAUGUUGGCUCCAGAGUCUGAGAAAAGGACUCGCACCCCCUGCGACGUGUCUAAUGCUUGUUCUCCUGCUUGUGUGAGUGAGGAGGAGAACAAAGUGCAGCCCUGUGGUCAUGAAAAGACAAAAGAGGAGGCCAAGAGUGCAGGUUCUGCUGUGGCCCCGAGUAAAGACAACGGUGCUAAGUCUGCCCCGGGCCAGCUGACCACUCUGCUGUUUGGCUCGACUAAAGAGCCGACCCACACUAAAGACACUGGCCGGAGGUGUAGCUGGGGCUCCUUUGACAUAAAAGCUGCUGUCACUUAUCACACUAAAGAAAUGGAAUCCAUUUUCAACUUGCAAAAACAAGAUCCAAAAAGAGUAGUGGUUUAUGAUGAGACCAAGGAUGGACCUGAUCAGUGAGGUAGAACGCCUACAGUACUUACCUGCUUCUCCUCUGGGUGCUGCGGUUAUCUACCUUGGAAAUCACCAAUCCUGUUGGAUAGCUAAAGUGACAACUGUGAAACAAUUGAGAGUUUAGCAUGACAGAUUUUCCUUGGAGUCUCGGGUGGAGUCACAGACUUCUUGGGGGCAUCAGACGAACACGAACACACGCUCAAGGGAUGCGUUUAAGGAGCUGAUCGGUGCCUCUUCAGUACAUUGGAUGGACACUUUGAGCUACGUUAGUAGUUUGCGUCAUGGCUCUUUAGGGACGAUGUUCAACAAAAAGGUGUCAUGGACUGCACCUCCCAAGCCUUUAUCCUGUUGAACUGCGGCAGCCGUCAGUGUGACUAUGGGAUGCCUCAGUUGUUUUUUCUUCAUGCAUUCACAAGUUCAUUGUAGAUAUGUUAGACGUUAUACAUACACACCGUCGUGCAGGCUUGAAUUCAUCGUGAACGAAAGGAGAACACACUUAGAAAAGAAUGCCUUGAAGUUGUGGAAUACUGAUCUUUGGAGUCCUAUUAAACUGUAAGUUCAGCGGAAGACCCCCAUCCAGGAAGGGAGCGCCUUGUCUUAAACCUUUAGAGGGAAUCGGAGCCCACAAAUGAAACCCUUGCUUUUUCUUUUCUACUGUUUUGUCUGACUAAACAUGAGUGUUAUCUGCACUGCAGUAUGACCCCAGAGCACACGUACAGAACAGAAGUGCCCAGUUUGAAGGAAAGCAACGCCCCCCCCUCCACCCCCACCCUGUUUUAUUGUUUGUUACAGAUGUGCUAAGGACUUAAAAACCAGGUUCUACUUGUCCGUUAAAAGCCAACCUUUUAAUCUUGAAGCUUUCCACACAUUUCAUGCAGAAUACUAUGAGGUCUGGUUAAUCUUAUCUUCAGAUGACUACACCUUCAGACAUGAAUCCUUAUUUUAGGACUAAACACAUGUUAAGUGAGAGAUGUUCUUUCAGCCUCUGCUUUUAGUUCUGUUUGUUAGCAGAAAGGCUCAGGAUGUUAUUUUUGCCUGCAUUUCUCUUUUUUAAAAAGUCCUCUAGUCAAAAACAGUGUUGCGUUUUACAACAUGGAUUUUUUUUUUUGUCUUCCUGAUUCAGCAGUUGGUCUUUACUUUUCUGUCUUAUGGCAUUGUAUUUCUUGCAUGUUUACUGGUGGAAAUGAAUAAGGUCGCGGUUCAUUGCCACACAAAGAUAACAGUAACAUAACAUAAAAAAAAUCGCAAUACUAAUCUAGGGUCCCUGACUAGCCACUUUGUCAAACUGUAUUGAAAUGUGAAGAUGAGUUGUGUUUUAAUGUUAUACUGUGGAUAACAUUUUACGUUUGCAAACCAGUGUGCAAUAACAUAGUGAGUGUGAUCCACACAUGAAAUGGGUUUAAAAAAAACAAAAACAAAGUAAACAAAACAAAAUCAACCCCAAGAUGCUGGUGUGACCUGCAGUCAAUACUUUGUUCAGAAAAGUUUUAGAUGUAUUUUCAGCUCAUCUAACAAACCCUCCUGCAAAAAAGUGUGACUUUUGCAGAAGAGCUUGUGUUCUCAGAUCUAAUGGCGUCUAAAUUCGUCAGCUGCAAACUGUCCAGCCUCAACAUCAUUUUCAUAACUCUCCAAAUCAGGAUUAGUUUAUUGGACAUAACAAAGAAACUGUCCGGGUUUCUUUUCUCUAGCAGAUAUGAUUUGGUUAAUGUGUGGAUUAAUAGCACUUUAUGUAAACUAAUUGCUUUUAUCUUUUAAUUACUAGAGAUCUAUAUGUACUGACAAGAAAUACUCCUUGAAAGAAUGGCUCUGGGCUGUUACUUUUCAGAAAAAAAGUUGAUAAUACAGAAUUAUUAAAUGUAACUCAGGUAGUGUUGAUAAAGCCAUGACUAUGUUAAAUAUUGUUUAUUCUUUUCUUAUUUUUGCCAAAUGGCCCCUGUCAUGUUGAUGUUCUCAAUUCGGAAAUAGUUAAUUGGAGCCGUAUUAUUGUCCCAUGAUGUUGUGAAAAAACACCAAAUAAUUACUUUAGAGGAAAACUGGGACUGUUGUUCACUGUAAACAACUGAGUUUUCCUGUUUGUCUCCCCUUAAAGCACAUUGCUCCAUGCGCUGUUUUCUGUCUAAAUGUAUAAACUUGAUUGCAAUCCUCUGUUUUUUUUUUUUGGUUUUUUUGCCGCUUGUUCGCAGUGAACCACCUGUUGAUUUAUUGUGACUGAACGUUGGUGAUGUUAAUACGGGGUAGACAAAAUCGGAGCGGAGUUCGGAAGCGUGUUUCUUCCCACUGUGUCCUGAUUAGGCUGGUGUUUGUGUGCAGAGACGGGGAAAGUCAUAACUGCAGCCGUGGUUUUUUUUUUUUUUUUUGUACAAGCUGUCUUGACAUUUAACGAUCACGUCUAAUCUCAGUCAGCUCUCUGGUAUUUAACAUGCUUUUGUUUUUGCUUCCAUUGUACAGCAUGUGAUGGAUGAGUGUAUCAUCAGAUGCUGCCCUCUGAAUAAGUAUAGGAACAAUCCUAUCUGGUCGACAUGGAAGCAAGUAGUGGCAGAGAUAUUGCCCAUUAGCAUUUAGCCGUUUUCCUGCACUUGUGGAUAUUGACAUUUAAUCUGGCAUACAGUUACACAUAACCCACAUUUAUUACUUUUUUCCCCAAUACCCAUAAUCCACAGACAAAGUGACAUAAUCAGGUUCCCAUAUGGCAAAUGCCAAGUGGUUGUUAAGACAGCCUGAAGGCAUUUUCAGUGGACAGUGAUGCAUCUGUAGGCUUUUAGAUGUGAAACAGGGUGAAAACAAACCAAUAGUAUGUGAUGUUACUGUAGUCUUACAAUGAAUACCUUUUUUUAUUUUCUUGUAUUUUGAGAAGAUGGUCGUGGUAGAGGGAAAUCAGAGUAUCGCCCACCGCCCCCCCUGCCCCAAGACUCAUCUUCUGAAGCACUUAAAAACAGCAAAAAGGCGAUGUCGAAUAUGCAUUUAUAUAUGAAGAUAUAAGAGUUAGUGUUGUAGCCUGCAAACCAAAAACAGCAUCUUGAAGAGUUAAGAGUAAAUGGCAAAUCAGUAAUUACUUAAGGGUGUGGAGGGGUAGGGGUGGGGGUGGGGUAGUUAUUGAGUGAUAGGUGUGCUUUGUGUGAAGAGAGAAAAGGCUGAUCAUUUGGAAUCUGUGAGUCUGUACCCCCCCCCCCCCCCCCCCCCCCCGGUUUCCACUCCCCUUCUUCGACAUGUGCAAUCACCUCAAGGAUGCUGAUGCAGGCUUCCAAGUUGUGAGUGACGAGCUCGGCCUCGUUUCGUGGGUGUGUGUGCGUAGCGAGUUCUUCCUAUUAUAUGCAAGUUUCUGGUAGAUUUCACCCCCCCCACACACACACACACACUUCCCCUGCUCCCUUUUGUUGUUUCAUGUUCAGGUGCCUGUGUGGGAAAAAAAAAAGUACAUUUACAGCAAUUUUGAUUGUUUAAAUCUGCUUCCAGCAUAUAUCCGUGCCAUUUUUUUUUUUUAACCUUUACAAUGCUGUUCAAGUUUUCUUACAGCUUCUUUUAAGUGACAUGGAUGCCGCUGAAAGCAUUGAGUUUUUUUUUUGUUUCUUUUGUUUUUUUCAUGUUGAUUUUUUUUUUUUUUUUUAUUUGUAGGUUUUAAAAUGUUCGUGGCUUGUGUUCAGACUUGUGUGACCUAAAGCCAAAUUAGUUUGGAGUGGGACGGAUGACAACUGCUGGCUGGUGUACGCUCCCAAGGCCAGUCCACAGUCGAGUAAAUGUCUGAAGUAGCACAUACAGUAAUCAAGUGAUUUAACAAAUUAAUAUUUUAACAUGUUUUAAAACAAAGUUUUUAUUUUUGUUUAUUCUUGGAGUUAUAACCUAAUUUAUCCGUAGAUGCACAAAUAGGAUGAGACUAAAAGAAAUAAAUGGUAACAGAGAAUCGAGAUGUCUCACUUUUGAUGAGUUGUAGAUGAUAUUAGUCAUUGAUUUAUGCUGAUGUAGACUUAUUUUUUCCCCAAUAGCACCAAUGUUAUAAUAUAUUUGAAGUUACUUUUUCCAGCAGAUUUUAUACAAAUUACUUUAAUGCAUUUUUUUUUUCACCUAGUUGUGAUUGAGGACGUCUGAAACACACUGCAUCCAGAGUUCCUCGCGAUAUAUUUUUUAUUUGUAGUGUUGUUGAUCGUGUUGUGAGGGGGUGUGAGGUUUUAAUGCACAGUUCAACAACUCUGGAUCUGCUUUCGCCAAAGGUACACUACUCAGAUAAUUCAGCUCCUGAAUGGCAAAAUGCACAGACAGGGGGAUGCUGACGAUGUCAUAACCAGCUUCCUGACAUCUCGCUGGGUUUGGAGGAGUUUGUUUUUUUUUCUUUGUUUUUCUUAAGUGAACAGAAGUCACUACUGUAGCAGCUGAAUGUCACUUUGAGCGUGUUGAACGGUGCGAGAGAGGAGGAGGAAUCUUAAAAGACAAACUAGAGUUAAACAAAUACCGAAAGUGCUGCUUCUUCAACCAGUAAUCAAUCGUCUGUAAUGGGAAAUGCUGGACUUUGGUGUUUGUGCUCAACUUAAAAAACUGUCCCUCCUUU